AUGAACUGGGCCGGCCUCUACACGGUGCUGAGCGGGGUGAACCGCCACUCCACUGCCAUCGGGCGCAUCUGGCUCUCCGUCAUCUUCAUCUUCCGGAUAAUGGUGCUGGUGGUGGCAGCCGAGAGUGUCUGGGGGGAUGAGAAAUCCGCCUUCACCUGCAACACCCAGCAGCCGGGCUGCAACAGCGUCUGCUAUGACCACUUCUUCCCCAUCUCCCACAUCCGUCUGUGGGCCCUACAGCUCAUCCUCGUCACCACGCCGGCUCUCCUCGUGGCCAUGCAUGUGGCCUACCAGCAGCACCAGGAGAAGAAGCUGCUGGUGCUGACAGGGCACGCGGACCCCAAGCACAUGGAGGAGGUGAAGAAGCACAAGAUGCGCAUAUCAGGUUCACUGUGGUGGACGUACGUCUGCAGCGUGGUCUUCAGGCUGCUCUUCGAGGCCGUGUUCAUGUACAUCUUCUACAUGCUCUACCCGGGCUACCAGAUGGUGCGGCUGGUCAAGUGUGAGGCUUACCCCUGUCCCAACACCGUUGACUGCUUCAUCUCCCGGCCCACUGAGAAGACCAUCUUCACCGUCUUCAUGCUGGUCACCUCCAGCAUCUGCAUCAUCCUCAACAUGGCAGAGCUGGUCUACCUGGUGGUGCGGGCCUGUGCCCGCCGAGGCCAGCACAACUCCAACCCCCCAUCAGGGAAGGGCUCCUUCUAUGGGCACAAGCCCUCCUCCGAGUACAAGCAGAACGAGAUCAACCAGCUGCUGACAGAGCAGGAUGGCUCCCUCAAGGACAUGCUGCGCCGCAAUCCUGGGCUGCAGGAGAAGGGCGACCGCUGCUCUGCCUGCUAG